UUGCGUUUUCAGGUACAAGAACCAACAUUCGCGAAAUGCGUCCGCUCAACACUAUCCACCGUGAAACAGUUCACGCUGAGCUCCUUCCGUAACAUCCUGCCGAAGUUUGUCGACUGUACUGAAGAGAUUGUUCUUGCCAAAUGUGGCCAAACGCCCAUCAAUGUACUUCGCGCCAUGUCAUCACCUGAUAUCUGCCCCGUUGGUCCCGCACCAAUCGUUCCCGUCAACAGGACCCAAGUACCGCAACGUGUAGAGCCACAGCUUCCCACGUGCACACCGGAAAAACAAGUUGCGUACGAUCAAUGCACUCAACCAUUCUAUACACGGUACCGUAUGCUACCGAUAACGCUCAUCAAUGAGAUGGAGAAUAUGGACCAGGUCUGUGCCGAUGUGUCGAUAAUGGAUGGUUGCUCGAUUUCAACAAGAGUGUGCGCAUCCGCCGAACAGAUGGCGCUGAAGAAGAUGAUUGAGCAGUUAUGUGCCAGUCGAGAGGCUUAUGAUCACUACAAGAUCUGCUUGAAAUCGGUGGCCAGCAGUCAAACA